AUGGAGAAUGAUUUUUUCAUAGACCGUCAGAAGCCCACGCUGUAUUCCCUCGGCGCAAAUUCUCAAGCUGACUAUGCCAAAAACUCGACGGCUAUUCUUGAACCAAGCACCAUUAUAAAAAAUGGGCGUACCGUGGUGAUUACACCGGGAGAUUUCCGACCGCAUCGGUUACCAAUGCUUCACAUUGGUCAGCUGAUUCAUAAGACUUCAACUCGAGCAGGAGCCGCUAGAGUUCCGCCUUUACGGCUGAAAAGGAAAGAGGAGCGCAGAAAGGUAUGGCGAGGAUGGAGACGAGUCAGCGGAGACGUACAACCUAUGCCCAAUCCCGACCUUCGACCAAUGGCUCGAAGUGAGGGACGUACUAGUAGUGGGCAUAGUGAAGAUGUUAUGUUCAACCUCUUCAUCCCCUCUCUACGAGCACUUCAACGAACCACCAUGCCAACACCGCUUCAUUUACCUGACCUUAUGAAGAAGCCUAUGGACGUCUCUGUUGGCACAUUAAUAGGAGAGGACAACUAA